AAAAACCAAAAACCUUUCUCUGUCUCUCUCUCUCUCUCCCUCUCUCUCUCUCUCUGCAAAGCAAACUGGAAAAAACUCUCUCCGACUCAAACAAAGAAAUGGAAAUGGAACAAAGUCCGCCGGCGGUGGCCAAGAAGCUGUGGAACAUGAUACGAGUAGUGUUUUUCAUGCUAAGAAAAGGCAUAUGCAAGAGCAAAAUAAUGCUCGACCUCCAUUUGAUGCUCAAGCGCGGCAAGCUCGCCGGGAAAGCCAUAGCUGACAACCUCACACUCCACAACCACCUCUCCGCCAUGAGCUGCCGCUCCAACGACGCGCUUUCCUUCAUUUCCCCGCGAGAAUACGAAUUCAGCUGCAGCAACAGCCCCGCCUACCACCACCCCUUCCACUUCAACAAGCGGAAGCACCACCACAACUUGCUCACCAAGUCUUACCGUUGCGACGACGUCACCACCGCCAAUGCGGUUCAGAAGGUGCUUGAGAUGUUGAACAACGACAUGGUGGAGGCGUCGCCGCUGGUGACAUUACCGGGGUUCGGAAAAAGUCCGAUGGUGAGGCAGCUUAGAGUUACAGACUCGCCAUUUCCGUUGAAGGACGACGGAGAUAGCCAGGUGGAUAAAGCGGCCGAAGAGUUUAUUAAUAAGUUUUACAAGGACCUCAAGUCGCAAAAAAGAACGGCUGCCAUCGAAUCACCUUACCGUUACCUGUGGAAUCGAUGAAAAUGGAAUUCAUCUUAAUUGCAAGCCUUCUGUGAUCAUCGAUUCUCUCUAGAGUUCCACGUCAUCCCACAGCUGAUGCUUAUGUACGUGAUCGACAAAGUUGCUGCACCUCCUCUUGAAGUAAACCUCGUCAAAUUUUUGUUAUAUCAUAUGUGAUAUAGCAUUUUAUUUGUCGGAUUUAGCUUCAGUGUCGUAAUUUUUUUAACGGUUCAAAUUUAAUUGUAAGUUUUACACGAGAAAAAGAUAAUUUUGAACCGUUAAAAAAACACCUAAGCCAAAUCCGGAUUGGUUUACUUUGUAUUGGUCGGUGCUACCUUUAAUUUGUAUUGAUCAAGCAAGAACUCUUUGGGACAAUCAUGCACUUUGAUUUUGGUUCACAGUUUUUUUUUUUUGUUUUUUGUGGUUUUA